AUGACAGCCAAACUAUUAUCCAAUCAACUAAAGGGUUUGAUGAAUGACCCUGUUGAGGGAUUCACAGUGGAGUUGGUAAAUGAAUCAUCAUUGUUUGAAUGGAAGAUAUAUUUGGAAGGUCCAAGAGACACCUAUUACGAGGGAGGUGUCUUCCAACUCCUUCUAACCUUUCCCAAAGAUUAUCCAAUGAGUCCACCAUCACUCCGAUUCCUAUCAGACUUUUGGCAUCCAAAUGUAUAUCAAAAGGAAGGCAAAGUUUGUAUUAGUAUAUUACAUCCACCAGGUGAAGAUGUUAUGAGUGGAGAACUACCUCAAGAGAGAUGGUUACCAACACAAACAGUGUCAACGAUUAUACUAAGCGUCAUGUCUAUAUUGAGCGACCCCAAUUGCUCAUCGCCUGCCAAUGUCGACGCCAGUGUUGAAUGGCGUCAGAACAGAGAGGCCUAUAAGAAGCGCUGCGCCAAGCUGGUCGAGAAGGCCAACGCGCAGAAGCCUGCGCACAUUGUCAUCCCGCAUCCAGACACCAACCCCGAGGAGCACAAGAAGUCGGUGGAGAAGAUCAAGUUGGCCGAGCGCGGCAUGGACAUUGACUACUUUGACAUGGAGGAUGAAGAGUAUCAGUUUGAGGAGGACGAGGCGCAGGAUGACGAUGACGACGAGGUGGAGGACUGCGACGACGAUGAGAUCUCAACAGAGGACGAGGAGGAGCAGGAGGUGGUCUCGCCAACUCCAGUAGUCGUGGACAAACCAAUCUCAAACAGCAACAGUAACAACAGUAGCAGUAGUAAUAGUGACAUGCAGGAGGUACCCACUGGCGGAGCGACUACAAGUGGCAACACAGUGCCACGCGAACAAUCUGAUCUCAUCGUUCAUGUGGCCGCACAACCACAACCUCCACUUCAAGACAGUACCAUAGUCAAUGUAAAUACAGCGCCAACAACUACAACCACAUCAUCUUCAUCAUCAACAUCAACAUCAAACGUAAUUGUACCUCCAGUCGCAGCAGUCCAACUGGAACCUGUUGCCGCGCCUGUGGCGCCGGCAGUGGCGGCACCACCAGCACGUGGAGGUCUGGCAGAGUCCAGUCGCAACGUCAACCGGAAGAAGUCCAAGAAGUGUACCAUUAUG